ACUGCUCCACCUCCCUCCCGGCUGGCUGUCCCCGCAGUGCUCCCGGACCCGGCGAGCCUUCGGGGCGCGCGUCACUGGUGGUGGUUGAGGCUCUAGCGAUAAUAAAUGAUAGAGGAUACAAUGACUUUGCUGUCUCUGCUGGGUCGCAUCAUGCGCUACUUCUUACUGAGACCCGAGACGCUUUUCCUGCUGUGCAUCAGCUUGGCUCUGUGGAGUUACUUCUUCCACACCGACGAGGUAAAGACCAUCGUGAAAUCCAGCCGGGACGCUGUGAAAAUGGUGAAGGGCAAGGUAGCCGAGAUCAUGCAGAACGAUCGACUCGGGGGGCUUGAUGUCCUGGAGGCCGAGUUUUCCAAGACCUGGGAGUUCAAGAGCCACAACGUGGCGGUGUACUCCAUCCAGGGCCGGAGAGACCACAUGGAGGACCGCUUCGAAGUUCUCACGGAUCUGGCCAACAAGACGCACCCGUCCAUUUUCGGGAUCUUCGACGGGCACGGGGGAGAGACUGCAGCUGAAUAUGUAAAAUCUCGACUCCCAGAGGCCCUUAAACAGCAUCUUCAGGACUACGAGAAAGACAAAGAAAAUAGUGUAUUGUCUUAUCAGACCAUCCUUGAACAGCAGAUUUUGUCAAUUGACCGAGAAAUGCUAGAAAAAUUGACCGUAUCCUAUGAUGAAGCAGGCACAACGUGUUUGAUUGCUCUGCUAUCAGAUAAAGACCUCACUGUGGCCAACGUGGGUGAUUCGCGCGGGGUCCUGUGUGACAAAGAUGGGAACGCUAUUCCUUUGUCUCAUGAUCACAAGCCUUACCAGUUGAAGGAAAGAAAGAGGAUAAAGAGAGCAGGUGGUUUCAUCAGUUUCAAUGGCUCUUGGAGGGUCCAGGGAAUCCUGGCCAUGUCUCGGUCCCUGGGAGAUUAUCCGCUGAAAAAUCUCAACGUGGUCAUCCCAGACCCAGACAUCCUGACCUUUGACCUGGACAAGCUUCAGCCUGAGUUCAUGAUCUUGGCAUCAGAUGGCCUCUGGGAUGCUUUCAGCAAUGAAGAAGCAGUUCGAUUCAUCAAGGAGCGCUUGGAUGAACCUCACUUUGGGGCCAAGAGCAUAGUUUUACAGUCAUUUUACAGAGGCUGCCCUGACAAUAUAACAGUCAUGGUGGUGAAGUUCAGGAAUAGCAGCAAAACAGAAGAGCAGUGAACCCUUCAGGGGUCUCAGCUGCCUUAGACUAAAGGACUUGCAACACACUGGUCUCUUUUAAUUUAGUGAAAAGUGUGGGAGUUGUAAUUAGGAUCAUCCAUCCCGGACAUGGAAUCCCCUCUUCCUGGUGGUCUUAGGUCUAUAAGCAGUGAUGAACAGAGGGUGCCCUUGGCCAAUGUAGUUAAGAAGCUGGAAAAUGGUUUCUUCAUGUUUUCCCAACUCUUUCAUCCAGUGUCCAAAAUAUAUAAAUAAAUAGCUGUAGAGUUACGUAUAUGAAGUGAAUAGCAUAUGUGCCAUUUAGUCUCCCUCAAGAUUCUUUUCAAUAUGCUGUUCAGGGUCCUCCAGGCAUCAGCUGUUGUGUCCUCUCUUUGGAACAGUGGACAGGACAGGCCACCCAGUGCUGCAGGAGACAGGCCACUGCGUCACCUGUGAGUGGUCAGGGGCUGACGUGGCAACACCCUCUGCCAAGAGACAGAGCUGUCCUAAGAAUGCUUUGUCCUUCUGAGCCCAUGUUUUCUGCUCAGUAGCAGCUUGGAAGCAGAUUUGGAAUGGUUUAUUAUUUUGGCUGCUCUUGGGGACUGCGAGAAGCAGAGGAUGGGAGACCAGUGGCAACUGCCUGCACAGCAGAAAUAAUCCUUUUCCCUUGCUUCCUUUAUUAGUUAAAUAGACUUUGUAUACCACCUGACCAGCCUUUGUGCAUUUAUCCAAAUCAUGCAUGACCGUUAACCUUUUGCUUAGUCCUUACCGUAUGUAAUAGGCAGCUGUUAAAUUCACAAACAGACACCAUGAUUUUUCAUCUUACAUGACCAAGAAACCACGUUAGGGAAAAUGAAAAAACCAAAUCACAAUACCAUGAUUCCUUCCAUUUUCAGCAGUAGAUGAAGGAAAUGAUACUGAAUGAGUCACAGUGUUCCCCGGCAAGUAAGCUGUUUGCAUCGACAAAGGAGUGAGCUGGUGAGGUUACCACCCUGAAUUGAGCUCCAGCUGCCAGUUCUUGCGUUUUUCCUUGCCCUUUUCCUAGUGGUUUUCAAGUGUCUCUCAGGCAGUGUUCUGAGAAGCAGCAGCCUAUAACUGUAUGUGUGCUCCUUGAAGCCAGCUACAGAGUUCCCAGCUACUGCAGCUUGGGAUUUGGUGGGAAACUACUGGGAUGAGCUUCUCCUUGACAAUGGAAAGGCAGCAGCCUUUAACAUUUGGUUGCAAAUCUCCAUCCCCAUCAGGUAGCUUUCUCCAGGCAAACACAAACCGCCCCCUGUGGCCUGCAGCCCUGCAGGGGAGGCAGCAAAGGGACCCGGCAGUGGCAACACAGCAAGUCGGGAAUUCCAGCGUGAACCCAUAUUGAGAAGUGGGCCAGAAUUAUUUAGGGGCCUGGCUUGCUGCUCUACAUUUCCUGUGUCACUAAUGUAUCGUUUUUCCAAGCUUGGUAUUUUAUAAGUUUAUUUAGAGAAAAUGCCGGGUCACUCUUUUUGCCUAAGGUGACUCAAACAGCCAAACGAACUUUUGUUGCCUCCCACCCCUCUGUAUCCACCUGGUGUUGUUCUUUCCCUGUGGGCAUUUCUGGUUAUAGCUUCCCAUAGGCCACAUUCACCGGACACCUCCUCCCCGUGGAGCCCUGCCCUCUCCCCUCCUGCUGCUGUAGAGCUUUCCCAAAGCCGUGUCCAGGAGAGAGCUCGAGAGAGUGAAGAAAUUGCCCUGUGGAUGUGGAGGGCUGCAAUCUAUCUUGAUUUCUCCAAGCCCUUAUCUUUCUUUGACUGCACUGAGAAUUGCUAAUGACUUCCCAUGAGAUUUGCUUACUUUUGUAUACUGUGUUCUCCAGCAUUACAGUUAGAACCUUGGUUAUUAUUUUUUAGCCAUAGAAUCUUCUAGUACAAAAUAUCUGCCACCAUUUCAGAUUUAAGCAUUUGCUUCUGGAGAGACACUGAAUAUGUGGAUGUGUGUAUUAAUAUUUGGGGUGGGGGGACAGGAAAGGGAAUGUGGAAAACAAAUGCUGACUGUGAGCAGUGCUGAUAUGGCCAGGCCAGGUGACUGAGUUUGCUUGGGGAUUCAGGACGUUCUGACUCCUGAGAGUUGCCCCACCCACCAUCGAACUGAAAUCAGCACCAAUGGUGUCGGCAAUUUACAGCCCAUAGCCAACUUUCUUUCUUUAUUUUUAACAUAGCACAAAAAUGUAUAAUAGCAAGGGAAAGACAUUUUUAAAUUCCACAGUUAUUUUUAUUGUCUAAAAUGAAAGCAGCAGUGUUUUGAUAAAGAUGAGAAAGAAAAGCUACUAAAUUAGUAAAUCAGUGGUUACGUGCCCUGCAGAAUUUCUUAACAGAUGGUGCUGAGUGCACGAGUUACAUAACUUUCUCUCUAAUUGAGGUUCACAAGGCGUCUUCUAAAUUUUGCUUUGUGCAAUUAAUUCAUUUCUAAUGUUAACUGAAUAGAGUGUAUAUAUCCUACUCCCAUUACUGCCUCUUUCCCCCCUACUAUGGCUUGUAGAUUUUUAAAAGAUAGAAGUUCUAGGCAAAACUGUAGCAGUUUCAUUAAUAGUUAGGAUAGUUAUAUCUAAAAUCAGAGUAUUUUGUUCUCUUCCUUCUGGAGCUCUCUCUCCCUAGCCCUUUUCCAGCUGUUGGGGAUUUGCAGACAUCACUCCUGGGGUGCCCUGUAGCACACUGGCUGCUCCCCAGGGACCCGGGAAUGCUGAAUCGAGCCAUUAGGGAAAUUGAUUUGAGAUGUCUGCAUGUGAAGCUUCCCUAAGCAGCACUGCCAAAGCUUUGGAAUUGUCACCCAAGGCUUCCUAGACUCCCUUGCUAGCUCGAGUUCGAAUUGCCAAUUGUCCCCAUGGUGCCAAAUUUUGGGAUGGUUUUACAGUCUUUUAGAAAUGAAGACGGGAAUGGCCAUGUGUUUAUGAGACCCCAGCAGGGUGCCAGGCCCAGGUCUCCAUUAAUGCAGUGCUCUGCUGCUGCUCCACUGGCAAUCUGUACUCUUAACAUAGGUUGGGGGAGGGACAGCUAGGGAAAUUUUUUAAAAAAUUAAUUGUAUUUACAAUUCUUUCAUCAUAGGAAUAAACAAUACUUAUAUAGAAAGCUCCAAA